CCACCUGCCCCCUCCCCACCGACAUCGCCAUGCUGUCCAGGACAAUCAGGAGGAGCAUUGCCUCGCCCUUCCGGCGCAGUGCCUUCGCCCCCGCUGCUGCGCGACCCGCCUUCAGGACCGUCACCACCGACGCAGCAUCGUCGCAUACCGAUCGGGAGGCUGUCCCAGAGGAUGAUGACAAGCACUUUGAGGUGCGCCUCUCGGACGAGGCCUUCGAGACAUACGAGCUCGACCCGCCGCCCUACACGCUCGAUGUCACCAAGAAGGAGCUGAAGAAGAUGUACUACGACAUGGUGGCCGUACGACGCAUGGAGAUGGCCGCCGACCGGCUCUACAAGGAGAAGAAGAUCCGCGGUUUCUGCCAUCUGUCCACCGGUCAGGAGGCCGUCGCCAUUGGUAUCGAACAUGCCAUUGAGCGUGCUGACCAUCUCAUCACCGCCUACCGCUGCCACGGCUUCGCCCUUAUGCGCGGAGCCUCUGUCAAGUCCAUCAUCGGUGAACUGCUCGGCAGGAGGGAGGGUAUUGCCUACGGAAAGGGAGGUUCCAUGCACAUGUUUGCGCCUGGUUUCUACGGUGGAAACGGUAUCGUCGGUGCCCAGGUCCCCGUCGGCGCCGGUAUCGCCUUUGCGUGCCAGUACGAGAACAAGAAGAACGUCACCCUCGCGCUGUACGGAGACGGUGCCUCGAACCAGGGCCAGGUCUUUGAGUCGUACAACAUGGCGAAGCUGUGGAACCUGCCCAUCAUCUUCGGCUGCGAGAACAACAAGUACGGUAUGGGUACCGCUGCCAACCGCUCCUCUGCCCUCACCGAGUACUACAAGCGCGGCCAGUACAUCCCUGGUCUGAAGAUCAACGGCAUGGACGCCCUCGCCGUCAAGGCCGCUGUCAAGUACGGAAAGGAGUACUGCGCCGCCGGCAAGGGACCCCUCGUCUACGAAUUCGUCACCUACCGCUACGGAGGCCACUCCAUGUCCGACCCCGGAACCACCUACCGAACCCGUGAGGAAAUCCAGCGCAUGCGCAGCACCAACGACCCCAUCGCCGGCCUCAAGACCAAGCUCCUCGACUGGGGCGUCACCACGGAAGAAGAACUCAAGGGCAUCGACAAGCAGGCACGCUCCGACGUCGACGCCGAGGUCGCCAUCGCAGAGAAAAUGGCCGAGCCAGACGCCACGGCAAAGGUCCUGUACGAGGACAUUUACGUCCGUGGCUCCGAGCCAGAGUUCCUCCGCGGACGUAUCCCAGAGGAGAACUUUUACUACAAUGAGCAUGAUAUGGGUAAGGAGAAGGACGCGGUUGCGCAGACGGCGAUUUGAGCGCUGGUUGGCAGUUGUGUGGAUGGGAGUGAGGGGGGGAAUUCUUGGUGUGUAUUGUAAUACUAGGGAUUUAUGGGUGGGUGCUUAUUGUGCUGGUAUAUGGGUGAUAUGGGAUGAGAGGUGGGGUCGUGUAUGAGUGAAUCUGACCUUUUCCAUGUAUAUGUUGUUGGUUUUGGUGGUGUGUGAUGUUAGAGCUGUCCAUCCAUGCACACAACUGGACUUCGAAUCACAUCACAUCAUGUUCAGAUGGCAAUUUUCACAUCUCAUCAACGGGUAUCAAAUGCCUCGUCUCGCCAUCUCAUUGCAUAACCUCUUUACAAUGGACGACCUAGCCCUCCCCUCCACUAGCAUUCUCAUCAUCAGAAUCCUGAUCCCACUUCUGCUGCUGUGUCGUCGUGGCCUUAACCUCACGCACCCUCUUCGUAGCCUCGAUACCGCCAGACGUCAGAUACAAGAAAGUAGGAUCCUUGUAGU